AUGUCGGAAAAGAGCUUCAAGAAAGAAACCUUGGUCGGCACCCCUAGCAACGAUCGUUCUGCUUCGCCUACGGAACAGGCGGAUCGAAAGGAAUGGUCAUCACCAGAUGUUGAGCGCGGGCAGUCGACAGCUACUCAGGUCGAGACAGGAUGGCCGACGGGAUGGAGACCUUACGCUGCUUUGACGGCGUGCUUUAUGCUCAUGUUCAACUCUUGGGGCUAUGUUAAUGCUUUCGGCACAUUCGCGACCCUGUAUCACGGCCAGAUCAUCCCAGGACAAGGCUAUUUGAACAUCAACGCAAUCGGCGGUAUCGAAAUCCUCUGCAUUCUUGGAUUCUCGUGUAUUACCGGGAGACUAGUGGACGCCUCUCAUCAAGACAAGGUGCUCACUGUUGGUACUGUAUUCUUGACUGCCGGAAUGUUCGCUCAAGCUUCAGUUCGAGGAGACCUGCCGAGCCGGGCGUACAAUAUCCUGGUGGUGACACAGGGUGUCCUCGGUGGCAUCGGCAUGUCUUGUUUCUUUGUGACGUCUUCUCAAGUGGCUGGAACAUGGUUCAAAGCAAAGAAGGCUCUUGCGCUCGGCAUCGUCGCCUGCGGUGCCAGUGUUGGUGGUGCGAUCUAUUCCACCGUACUCAAGUACCUUGAACUCGAGCUAGGCUAUAUGCGCGCUGUCUUGAUCAUCGCAGCCAUCAUGGCUGCCACAUGCAUUGCUAUCAUCUUCUUUGCCGGGCCCAAGCCGACUACCGAAAAGCAUCCCAAGUUUUUGUGGCGUAUAGACACGUUCUGGGACAAGCAUGCGCUGCAGAAUUCUGCUUUCGUCUGGUUCUCUGCCGGGUUCGCGUUGAUGUUCAUGGGCUUUUAUCCGAUCUUCUUUGCCCUGGAGCCUUGGGCCACCCUAUCCAAGCUUGGGUGGAGAGGAGAAGUACGCCCAGAAGAAUUACCCCGGGACACUUUGGCGACUUUUGCUUUGCUCGCCAUCAUGAACGCCACAUCUUUCACUGGUCGACCAGCAUCUGCUACUCUCUCCCAAUACGUCGCACGUUAUCGCUCCGGUGCGCUGCACGUACAUGUCGUGGUUAACGCGAUCGGCACGAUCCUGGUCUUCUGCAUGUGGCCAUUCGUUAUAACGAGCAAGGGAGCAAUCGCCUUCGUGGUCCUCUUCGGCAUAUUCUCUGGCGCUAUCAUUGGCUUGCCAGCAGCUUCGGUAGCCCACAUUAUCGGCAAUCACAACGAUGCAGGGCAGAAGAAGCUUGGUCAAUGGGUUGGCAUGAUGUACACCAUGGCUGCCGUACCUGGCCUCGCGGGUGCCCUCAUCUGCGGCAAGCUGGCCGACGUGUACCCGAACACCUUUCUUCCAGUCAUGAAGUUUUGCGGCACAAGUCUGGCUAUCGCAACGAUAUGCAUGGCGAUCGGAGCGUGGUACAAGUAUCAGAACGAAAAGCGGGAAGUCGACUUGAGACCACGCAUGCACGGGUUGGAAAGUUCCUCGACUACCAUGGUCGAUCAGACUGGAUGA